GCAGUUUACUCUAAAAAAAAUGUUUAGUAUUUGAAAGGCCACCGUUUAAAAAAACGCAUCAAUAGCGCAAAUGUACACCCGCCCUAAUUCGGCCGGGAGCCACUAGGCGGCGCUGCCGGCGAGCAAUCGAUAGGAGGUUGCCACGCAACGAUCAUGUUCCAAAAUAAACAAUCACAACCGAGCCGCGCCGUGAGCAAAUUUACUCUCUUAUUUUAUUACUUCUAUCAACAAUUCAGAUAUACAUUAUUGGAUUAUUUGUUGUAACAUGUUAUUGUGAUACUGUGUAAGCGGAAUGGUGUUGUUACCUCCUUGUUCGCCGGAUGUCUGCGGGAGGGAUUUCAGGCAGUCCUUGAAGAAGCCUAGCCCGAAUUAUCCUCAUGGGCAUAAGACGAAGAAGCCUAGGAUUGUGCCUGCUUUCACUAUUCAAGCACUACAAAAGAAUGUAAAAGUGAAGCCUCCACCGAAAUGUGGUGUUUACGACCCACAACCUCCGAGACCGACCAUGUUCAGAAAAUGUUACCAAAGAGGGGAAUUCCCCGUUUCUAUAGAAUUCACUAACUGCGGGAAAAAACUAGGCUGGAAGGUUCCGAUUGAAAAGUUGGACUUCCACCAUUACCUGCCGAUGUUCUUCGACGGUUUAGCGGAGGGCACGUAUCCGUUCAGCUUCAUUGUUGAGCAGGGUAUCAACGAUUUGGUGACGAAAGGAUCUUACAAAAUAUUGCCUGUCGUGCCCCAGCUGAUAAUACCUAUCAAGAAUGCGUUGGCAACUAAACGUCCUGCCGUGAUCUGCCACGCGCUCAAGUGCAUUCAAAUGAUUGUGACCGGCUCCGACAAGGUGGGGGAAGCUCUGGUGCCGUAUUACAGACAGAUAUUACCGACCCUCAACCUGUUCAAGUCCAGAAAUCGUAAUUUGGGUUCAGGAAUAGAUCACACGACCACUAGAGAUGAGAACGUGGCGGAUCUCAUUGAAGACACUCUUCAAAUCCUGGAACGCUAUGGAGGACCAGACGCUUUCAUCAAUAUCAAGUACAUGAUACCAACAUAUGAAUCUUGUGUUCUCAACUAACAUAUUUCGUAGGAUAUAUAUCGCUUAUGGCACAAAAUGCGUUGCGUUUCAUGAAACGAUUGUGUUAUCUUGUUUUUAUACAUCUAAACUAGCUUUAGCCAUUAUUUAUAUUUAAAAUUUAUCAUGGGAAAUUUAUUUUUAGAUUUUCCAUUUGUCUCUUAAUUAUACUAUUGUUAAAUCAUGACAUUUAUUUCACUUUCUGAAAUGUUCUGAUGAAAGAUAAUGAUUCAUGAGUAAUAUGAGUAAAAUGUAUGUAAUUGUUAUUGUUUUUCAUAAAGGUUCACUAUAGUAUCUAUUGUUUUGAUCCACAUAUUAUUAAUUAUAUUAUCAAAUAAUGUCAUUAUUUGUAUUACCAAUUUACCUAGUGGCCAACAACCUUAUCUUGGCCAGAAAAUUACUUUUUGUAUAUUUGCAAAUACCAAAAGAUAUUUCUGUAUCUACUCUUUCUACAGACGAUGAAACAGUAGCCGGUAAGUGUAUAUUUUACAACGCUCCUGUUAUACAGUUCCUUUAAUUUACGAUUCACCAUUCCUCUUACUUUGCGGUUACACUGUCGUAUGUUGAUUAGUGAGUUGGCGGCGCGCGGUAAGACGGAUCGUCGUACUGUCAACCUCGUAUCAUAUAUAUCACAGGAAGUUCACGAACAACCUUUUUGGCAAUGCAAUAAGAUACGUUUGGUUGAGGUCGCGCUAACAAAGCUUAAGCGCGAUGGUUACAGCAGCGUUCUCAAUUUGCACAACGCAUGUAUACACGCUUCCAAUUUGUCGGGUGUCGCAAUAUAGGUGGCUCAGAAGCAGCUUUAAUUGGUGGGCUUUCGUAUAAGUAAUAUUAUCAGGCAUAAAGAAAUUUAAAGAAAAGUUUUGUAAAUGCAAUUCUAUGUAUUUUAGAUUUUUUUUUAACUUGGUGAUCGUUGUUUUAAAAUUCCGCUAAAAGAAUUCGCGUAUUGUUUGGUUAUACUAUAUAAUUGUUAUCUGGAACAUUGACCUAAUCAUGCAAUCCUUUAUGUAUAAGAAGAUAUGUAGCCUAUGUAUUAAAUCAUCUCAAAUUUGAAUGCUCAUUACGUUUGAAAAUUCUCUGUAUUCCAUUGUUAUUUUUACAUGUUUUUGAUGAUAUCACCAAUUUGUUUAAUGUUGUUUUGCAUAUCGACAGUGGAAAGACAAAAUCUCUUAUUCGCCACUUUGGUCGAAUAUUAGUUAUAUAUAUAUCAUUUUAAUCAGUUUUUUUCUGGGUUGAUCUGUUUAUAUUUCGUGAAGGUUUGAGUACUUUUCUGGCGCUUAAUCAAAUCAAUUAAUUGAAGAUUUUUAUUGUUCAUGACGCUGAAGCGUCAUAAAUUUUGGUGCUUUUUGAAGCAAUGGUACUCACGCCCUGCUAUAUGGCGAAUAAUUUGAUGUUUGCUUAACAAAAAAAUUAUGGCGGGCCGUGCAAUUUUUGCUUAAGCGACAUCUAAUUCGUAAAGGCACUAUAUAACUUUUUAAUAGGAGGAUAUUUAGAAAAUAUUUUUUAAUGAAUAUGUUUUUAUUAUUAUGGCGACACUUCUCAUUUACAUUACAUUGAGUCAUAUUUUUUUUGUGAAAAUAAAAACAUUCAUCCUCGUUUCUGUAAAGUUACUAAAGUGGCGUUUUAGUGAUUUGGCUUUUCCACUGUUGAUUUAUAUUUUUUAAGCUGUUGAUUUACUCAAUAAAUUGUGUGUGAUAAA